GGUUAUGGUUGCGUUCGUAAAGCAGGCAUCAUUAUUUCUGUUUGUUAAUGUCGUCGUUGUCGACGACGACGACGACAGGCAAAGUUCAUUAAAUGCAGUUGCCACAAUCGAUAAAUUUACAGAGUGCAAUAUGGAUCUUCGCGAGAGACAAUGAACAACACGCCAUUGAAUGGAGCACGCGCGGGAAACUAGGAGGGCAGACCGCUUUUGAAAAUCGAUGAAAGCGCACUGCUUCGAAUCCAUCGCCAUUAGUUUAAGAAAUUCUGUAUGGACGGAGAGGCUACCGUAUAUGACGAACGUCGAAUACUAAAAAUUUUCAGCAAUUCGAGAGUUGAGAUGUUGAACUAAGAGUUUUAAAGUUGUUUUUUUCAACUGAAACAGCGGAAAUUCAUUUUGUGAAACUGAACAGCCAAACAAUACAGCAUUUGCAGUUAAAAAUCUUAACACCAAACGGCUUUCCAAUCACGAAAACGUCAAAAUUGGCUGUCAAAAUCUUUUUCAAAAUUAAAAGGGCUUUGCUCCCGAGAAAACAAGUAACGCGCGUAUUGAAAAAAAAAACAAUGGAAGAAUUAAACGAGAAAAGCGACUGCGAGGACGAUGUUGCGCGUGGUUAUUACACACGUUCCAAGAGGAGAAAGUUAUCAUCAGGAGAGUGUGUUGAUCGGGAAAGACCAUCAACAUCGCACUAUUGCUUCCACAUUUCAGAGGCGCGAAAAAGAAAAAAUCCGAUAAUGUUUGUUCCAACCGAAGUCCUUCAGAACAUUUUUAAGCACAUUUCAUACAACGAAUUGGGUAUGAGGGUAAGACAAGUCAACAGAAGAUUCAAAGUUGUCGCCGAGGAUAGAUUAAACUUAGUUUUCAAGAAAAUAGAAGCAACGCUAGACGCUCUAAUAAACGCCGUGGAAAUAUCAUUGGGUUAUACGCGCGACAACAUGGAGAUCAGUUGCAUCACAAAAUUAUUAAACAUGCUCGAAAUUUUAAAAUUGCAGUAUACCAUUAUCAUUGCCACCAUUUGGCGGUACGUCUACAAUGGCUAUUACAAAACGUGCAAGUCUAGCAUGUACGCAGGGUUAAUCAUCGAUACUUUCGACGCGUUCAUUUGGAAAUUUAAAGUUUGUCCGAACCUGCUCUACGGCCCCGCCAUACUCAAUGCUUACUCGCUGCCUCCGGAAGUGUCGGGAAUAAUUCUAAUGACUAAACAGUUUUGCGUACAUUUCGAUAAAAUCAAUGAAGAACGCUUACCGGAUUCGUUGGUACUCAGCGGUUGCAAAAUUUUAGACAUACUGAACUGCAGCCGGUUUGCCGACAAAAGGCUGCAUUUCGAACGUCAACACGGCAGCACAUAUCAGGCUAAAUAUAGUUUCUUCUUUAAAAAUUCUUGGUUCAUGGCCGUGCCCAUAAUAUCCGCCAAGAGAGUAGAAUUGUCCCAGAAGCAAAGGCUGAUGCACAUGCGUCUCCGAAGAAUUGUGCUCGCGCACAACGACAUGAAUCUGCAGCAGGAGCAAUUCUGCCGUGAAAAUUUAAUUCGUCCCCGUUCCCCUACAACGAUCAAAGCACCAGGAAGUAACGUAUACACUGGCUUUGGCGAUGUCGAAGAUAUCUUUUAUUACUACGGUGUUAUGAACGAAGCCGCGUAUGCGCAAAGAUUCGGAUCGGACGAUGAUAUGGAUGAAGAUGGAUUCGAAGAUGCCGUCGAUCUGGACCAGGACGAAAAUCAACACAUUGAACUGAUCGCAGUAAAUUCAAAUGAUGAUGUGCUUUACAGUUUUUCCCAUUUAGGGUUUAAAGUAGACGUUAAUGUAGACUGUCCCCUGGCUUACGCCCCCUUAAUAUAUUUAAAAAAUCUGCCCCUAAGGGAUACAAGAAAACUGAUGAACCAUACUGCCUACCACGGAGAUACUCGCAUCGGACUGAAUUUUGAGUGUUACGGCGCCAAUUACCUACGUUUGCCAGUGAAAUACAAUUACAAAUUUUGGGCGAGGAGAUAGCGUCUUCGCUGUCUCUGCGACAGAAAGGCCGUUUUUUAAUUGAUUAUUGCCGAAUGUGUAUUGUUUAUACUACUUAAA